CCCCCCCCCAUCUUGGCCCCAUCCAGCGCAAUUCCCACGCAACUUGGGAGAGAACGAAAGACCUCUAGAACCAGAGGUGUAGGAAGUUCGCUGCAACCAGCAGCAUUGUUCGGGAAGUGUGCUGCUGCGAACAGGAGGCCGCCGUUUCUGAGUGUCUUUUGAGACACUCACAGUUAAGCCAACGAGGUCAUCGGAAUUCGCGAAGAUGGACCCUUCUGAUAAGCCGACCGCCACUGGUCAAGAGAACAAAAGCCACGUUCCCACAAGCGAUGCGGGACCAAAUUAUUCUUACUUUACUCCAACGGAGUAUCAGCAUGUUGUGCCAGGUUCUUACUUCAGCUCGUCGGUACUGGACAUGAACUUGGGUGUUUUAUCGAGAUCCAAGAGUGAAUUGCAGGCUACCCAUGCCUUCGAAAAGCUGGGACCGAGAUCGGCCAGUGGAUCGGGCCCAAGUGCCUGGAAGAUACCCGGAAGUCAAUUGAAUGUUGUCGCUCAAUCAGCUGAGAAAUCGGAGAAACCCAACGACGCAGGGUCGGAGAGAAACGCGCCCAAUUCCCUGUUCACCUUGCUUCAGUUGCGACCCAAUGUGCCUUCUACCUCAAGCUUUGCAGUCAUAAGGCUCAGCAACAUCGCGUGGAAUCUUGGAAUCAAUGAUGUCGUCGCCUACUUUGCCCCUUGUAUGAUUCCUUUUGGCCACGUCCCUCCGCACUUCACGCAAGCCGUUCACAUUAUCAUGAACCGGUCUACCGGAAAGACCCAGAGCGACUGCUUUGUUGAGUUUCCCACGUACACGGACGCGCAACGAGCCCUUGAUUUGCACUCGCGCGGUAUCCUGAAGGGCCGUAUCGUUCUGGCGCAGUGGAGCACGCAAGCGGAGCUUAUCGACGCGUUAUUCCCGCACCGUGCUGGUCGCAUCCCUAAGGGCGAUGUCAUGGAAAAAAGCUGUGACCUGGACGAACCGUUCACCUCUGAGAUUCUAUUCGCUGAUCCUCGUGCCGCUGCUCAGUACGGUGCGAGUGGAAGCGGCCUGGUUUACGGGUCAUCGUCCUCUCAGCAGUCCAAGGAAGGAGUAUUCUUACUUCGUGAAGAGAUUAAUGCCCUGCUCCUUGUCUGCAGGAACUACAAACUCCAUUUCUCUCGCAAAUGUGCUGAGCGCCCUUUCGAGAACAUCAUUUCCAUUAUUAGCAAAGUCCCUUGGCACGAUCCAAUCUCAAUCAGCACCGCUCAUCGGGAUCAUCUUUUUGAGAUGCUGAAACUUUCGCUAGAAGCUCUCCGCAUUCACUUGAAUCGGUUCGACCACAACAUCGACGACAGUCUCCUAGACCGCGUUGUUCGGACCGGUCUUUGUGUGCCACUAUUCACCGAGAAGCAAAAAGUUACUCUCUUGAACGUUGCGCAAAUCCCCUGCCCUCGUGAUCUGGUCAAGUUUGUCUACAAUCCUCCCACCAUCGACGGGUUUGGAGCCCUGGAGGCCUCGCAAGAUUGCUCUUCCCAAGGAGACUGGAUUCAAGACCAGGCCACUCCCGCGCGCGAUCCGCACAUGAACGGAUCCCCUGUCGCUGUCUGGGCGGAGUCGUGUGCCUCAGAGACUACAUUGGACGUUCGCACGCCAAUCGUCAAGGCUCGCGUCGAUAAUGGGAAAGACACUAUGGACGUCAAGGCUGUGCUCUUCGGCAACAAGAAGGCUAUGUACCCGUCCCCACCAGAAGCCGACGGCAGAAUGCCUAUCGUUGGAAUGGUUCACACGACGCGCAUUGGCAAUUACGAUAACGAUGCUCCGGAUGCUCCCCCUGGACUAGCUAGCGGCAACUCUGCAACGACCUCUACUACACUGCAGCUCUACACUUCCAGGAUCAAGAUGCUAGAACAAGCUCUCAAACAGAGCGAGACGCGCUACGAGGACCUGCGCAAACGUCACGAGACUGCUCUCAAACGCUUUGAAGUGGAACGCAAAGAAAUCAUCAACGGGAAGCUCGAGACUGAGAAACGCUGCGAAGAUCUGGAGACUCUGCUGCGCAACGCGGAACGCCGGCUUGCUCAGAUGGAACGUCACACCUCGUCGGUACAGGCUUCAGGCAGCGGCGCUUCUGCCUCUUCACCCGUGAACAGAACCGAAGGACCCUUCCGAGAGAGGAACGUCAACCCCACACAGGGCUACACUGCCGCUGAGCUUGGAUACUACUACAUGUCUGACUACGAUCGUCGGCGGGGACGCGGUGAAGGUGCCGAGAAGCGCGACAAUCCGCUGGAUUCUGAUGAUAUUAGGAGAGUGUGGCGCCGCUGAAGAUAUCCGCUAUCCGACUCAUUCUUUUGACAAAACCGACACUCAACUCUUCCGAUUCCCUUUCUAAUUGAUUUAAUCGCGCAUAGUCCGUCUUUCCUUCCCCGACCGACCCCCCGUUCGGUAGUUAACAGUUUCUCCCCUCCUUUUCCUUUUCGAGAUUCAAGGCGUAUGUAUGAACGUACAAAGAUUUGACAUUGGCGGUUUCAUGUUGAAUAGGCUCUUUCAGUAUACCCACUUUCCUUCCCUUCAUCUUCCCCUUUCGGAACCUUUG